ACAAAAGGGACCAUUCUAGCUACAAGAAAAGAAGGGAAAAACAGAGUAGGUGUGAUUGUGAUGAUGGUGAUGAUGAUGACGACCCCCUAGCUCCCACCCACCUGGCCAUCUCUGCUUCGAUCACACUACUACAACACCAACAACAUAGACACCAAACACCUUCUUUCUUUGCAUUCCCUUCCUUCCUUCCAUUUUCAGUUUCAGUUUCCUUUUAUUUUCCCUCUGAAACAAACAUGCUUGACCCUCACACAAACGACCACCCUUUUCUUUUUAACCCAGAAAACACGAGCGAAACUACUUACGGUACUUGGCAACCUAUCAACUACUCUUCCCGGGCUCAGAAAACAGCUCAGAACUACAAGAGCUGGAAGAGCAUGGGCGCUCUUCGUUUUAAUGCCGCCGAGGAGGAGUCCCCCUCCGGCGUUUGCUCCCCGCCUCUGUGGAAAACCACCACCACCACCAGCCCCCCGAAAAGCCCGAACCGGCUUGUGAACAAUUACCGGAGUCUUUCGCCGGCUUCUCGGACACAGGCCAUUGCCAGAGGACAGAGAGAGCUGAUGGAAAUGGUGCGCAACAUGCCCGAGUCGUGUUACGAGCUUUCGCUCAAGGAUCUUGUGGAGAGGCCAAGAAUGGUGGAGGUUGAGGUGGAUGAAGAUGAUGCGAGCACUGAAGCUUUGGUGAGAAGGGAAGAUGGGAAGGUGAAGAAGAAUAAUGAUAGGAAGAAGCCAAUGGUGGUGAGGAGUGGGAGUUUUGACAGUGGGGGGUUUCUGUUGAAGAUGGUGUUUCCAAUUUCGUUGGGGUCCAAUAAGAAGAAUAAGACGGUGAUGAUCAAUAAGAAUAAGAAGAACAAGAGUGAUUCUGUGGAGGGAGAUAGUACUACUGCAAAGGUUUCUCCCAGGCCUAGUGUGGAUAAGGAUUGGUGGAAGAAAAGAGUUUCUUCUUCAGGAGGAUCGGGGAGAAGUGAAAGCGGUGUUUCGAGUAUUAUUAGUGGAAGCAUCAAAAGUAGUAGUGGUAGCAGCACCAGCAGUUGUAGCAGCAGAAGCAGCAGCAGGCGCAAGACUGGUGGCUGCUGGUCGUUCAUCCUGCUCAAGAAGAAGAGGCAGGAUUGAACAAGUUUCCUUCUAGUAAGAGCUGGAGGAGAAUAUUAUUUAAAUGGCUAUGUAGUUAUCUCCAAAAAAAAAAAAAAAAUACUUAGGUAUAAUAUACUUAGAAUAUUGCAGCAGAAAUUUGCGGUGUCACUUGUGUAUAUUCUUGCAGUUUUAGAAAAAACUCCGGUAUAUCCUUUUGUUUUCCCUUCCUUUAUUGAAAUAUAUAGUUUGAGCACAGUUUGAGAGGUUGACUUUCCCAGUAAUCACCAGAUCCAUGCCUAUUUCAACUCUCCGACUCCGUGUACGUGCGGUAGGCUAGGUAUCCGCUUCAAGCCUUUUGCCCGUUUGAUUCAGCAUUUGUUUUCUGAGAGCUGAAUGUUGUUCUCCAUUAGAUAGGUGCUUAAAUUGUCUGUAAUGAAUUCUAAUAGUUUAUAACUGAGAAAAUUGACUUCAGUAAAAAUUUGUACA